AUGUCAGACAACGAAGUGCCCUCUGUAGAACUCUACCCAGAGGUCAUUGUUUUCGCAACCUUUAUAAUCAUAUAUACCUGUGGUAGUGUGGCUGCAGCCGGAUUCACACAUCUUCUCUUUAGAUUAAAUGGAAAACAAGUCGUCUCACUUUGGCCACUGCUUCAGAUCGAAACAUACGAGAUGAACAUGGAGCAGUGGCGCAAUCCGGAGGCAUCAAUAGUUUAUCAGACUUCGCCCAAUGUCGCUAUUAAGAUCCUCUUCGAAAUGAGAACAUAUUUCUUUAACGUCGAAAGUCUCUUGUUCUUUUUUUGGAGUCUCAUGCUCUUCGUUUCCGUCUGGGAGAUUGAAUCCAGAAUACUCAAAUCCGAGAAGUUCGUGGCAGGGACAAAAUACUUCUGCUUCAUACUUCCAAUCUUUCAGCUUGUCCUUACGAAUCUGGAGCCAAUAAUAGAGAUCCCAACUCUUCAUUUGAUAUUUGGAAAUUGUACCAUGGCUAUAACCCUCACAUUAGGUUGUAUCUUCAUGGGUCUUAUUCUAGCACGCUGUCUCCUUGUCAUGUGGACCUCCAACUGGACCCACAAAGUCCGCGCCUGGCGCGGCUACGACAACGGCCACGGAAGAAAUCAGCCUGGUCACCAAAUCGGCAUCCGGCGCACAAUUUCCAACGCCUCAGCCACCGAUGGUGAAGAUCGCUAUAUCCUCCUCCGUUUUCUGGCCGGAUUCGCAGUCAUUGGUGGCCUCCAAACAUCCUACUUCCUCUCUCAACUAACAUAUGCCCAAACCAUCGAGGCCCUCAAGGAGCCCCUGGCACCACGCCCACACUUGGGCUGGACAACCUCCGAGCAGCUGGCAGACUGGGCAUUCUACCUUGCCAGCGCGUCCACGGGGUACCUGAUGCUCGCUGUGUUCGGCACCACCCGCGAGUCGCGACGGCAGAUACGCCGGAUAUGGGCAGAAUUUAGGGGCAAGGUACCGUAUGGUAAAAAGGACGAGGAGUACAUUUCAUUUAGAUCGGAUUCAAACAACAAUACCGAUAUGCCGUAUGAUGGUCAAAGGAGGGGCUCGUCGCCUAGUAGUGGGCUAGAGCAGAGGGCAAGAUCAAGGGAGAUCCCGCCGAAGCCGAUGACAUUUGUGAGUUCGAGGACUACGCCGCUAGGGAGUCCAGAUGGUGGUGGGGCGAGGCCGUUCUCUCCGGGGUAUGCGGAUGUGGACUUGAAGACGCCGAGGUUAUAG